AUGGCUUUUACACCCGUUGCCAGGCCGUCUAGCAAGUUUGCGCAUUGGAAUACGUUCCCUUUCAUGACCGCCCCAAAAACCAAAUACUAUUCCGCUCAACUCCAGUCACCACUCUUCCGCCUUCCUCAAGAGAUUCGAGAUGUCAUUUACGAAUACUGCCUUCUCGAGCAUGACGGUUACCACUACGACAAUGAGACCGGCAAGCUGCUAUACCAGAACCCGUCAAUAUCGCCUAAGCAAGUCGUUCGGCUAGGUCUACGAAUUACGUGUCGCAUCGCUGCAGAAGAAAUGAAAGACAGUGCCUUCGGAAGAGUUCACUUCUACCCCAAACGUUCAUUAGAUGAUGGGAAAGAAUACAUGAACUUCAUUUACAGUGAAGACUGUUUCCAAGUGCUGCUUCCAUGGAUUGAGGAAGCACUUCUGCUACCUUCCUUUGGGAUGCCUCUGCCGUCAUUUCAACUUGUUGUAGAUGACGAUGCAAGGGAAUCUUCAGAAUUCUGGCACAUGCUUAAAUAUGCUGCCGCUACGCAGCAGGCCCGACACAAGCAGUUGCAACUCAGCGGUACAGACCUGCCCACAGGGGAGUUGCGCCCGAUGUACGAUGGCGAUUCUGCAGUUUGGGACUUCCCUUCAGGAUUCGCAAGGAUGGUUCGCGAUAUCUGUGAGGGCAAUUCGGUCGUAUGGUACAACGGAGACGUGGGCGAGGUUUGGGACGAAGACACCUUCUUCUCCGAAAGGAAGGAUUGGACAGAAUUGCAGUGGGAGACAGACUGGAAUGAGACCGUCGACCAGGGCAUCGUCUCGAACUUCUGGCCGAAGAUUUCAGCGCGUUAUCUCAAGGAACGCUUGCCAUGUUAG